UACAAAUGAUUGUCUUCUAUCCAAGUCGAGUUUGCAAGCACAUAUGAGUACGUACUUUAGUCGAGACACGGCAUCUUUUGUUUUACUCACUAGAUGUGAACAGUCAAUCCGGAAGUACCUUCCAGGCUGACUGCAUUAUCUACAGUGAGCCAGUCGACGACAGCGCGCCGGGACUGAUUCCUGUGUUGCAGUUUCCUGAGUACAUGGAGCGAGUCAGUCGGAUAAGCUACACGUGUCUCAAUGUUCAGUUUAACAAAAUCAUGAAUGCUCGGCGGUCGUUUACAUCACAUGCAGCAAAACUGUCGCAUAACAAAGCUAAAAAUCGCUAUGGGAACAUUCAGGCCUAUGACCACUCCAGGGUCAUGCUUCGUGGAGCAGGUAGUGGCUGUGAUUAUAUCAACGCAACAUACAUCAAGGGCUUUGAUGGAACUCCCAAAACGUACAUAGCUGCACAGGGUCCUUUGGAGUCUUCAUGUGACGACUUCUGGCAGAUGGUGUGGCAAGAGAGGUGUUCCGUCAUCGUCAUGCUCACGGGGCUGAUAGAGGGAAAUAAGUUAAAGUGUCAUCAGUAUUGGCCGAGUACAGAUCAACCAGCCGCUUAUGGGGUACUUACUGUCUCACUGAAGAAGAAGGAAGAGUUUUCUGAUUACACUGUCCGGAGUUUGUUGCUAUCAAAGCAAGGGACGUUGAAAGAGGUACGGCUCAUUCACCAGUAUCAGUUCACAAGCUGGCCGCACAGAGGGGUUCCCCAACAAACAGCUGCUUUGUUGAGGUUCAGGAAGAACAUCAUCAACCGGUCUCCGCAUGUUUCAGAGUCUGGGCCCUGGAUCAUACACUGCAGUGCCGGAAUUGGCAGAACCGGCAUAUUUCUUGUGAUCGACGCGAUGCUUCGUCAGGCGAAGGAAAAGAAGGUUGUGGACAUCUACAACUACGUGCAUUCCAUCGAAGAAGACAGACCGUAUAUAAUUCAAACAAAGGAUCAGUAUGUGUUCAUCCAUCAUACAAUUCUGGAAGCCUUAAUUGCCGAAAACAAACGAAUCAAACGACCGCAUUUAUAUGGCCAGGAGUCGUCAAUUUAACCUGGAAAAGAGGGUGUCAGACUAUGAGGAAUAUGAGACUCGCCCAUUACCCCAAAGGCUGCUGGAUGUCUCAUCCAUUCGUCUCCACAGGAGCAGUACAAGAUCUGCUGUGACGUCACCUUCGAUUGGAUUCUGCCAACAUUAUUAAAUCGUUGUUUGGAACCUUAUAUAUUAAAACCUCGUUCUGUUUUACAUCAGUAAGCAAACAGGCUGCUCAAAACGAUAAUGCUAUUGUCUGGUGGUUAUUUUUGAAUUAUAAAAUUGAAUAUCUUUGAAAGUUAUUUUGCAUGUUGCUAUAAUUCUACAUAUGAGUAUAUAUACCGUAUUUACUCGAAUAAGCGCCCGGCGCUUAUUAAAUUUUUCGACUCUCAGAUGGGGCGCUUAUAAUUCGGGGGAGGCACUUAUUCGAGGGUGGUUCUUAUUUGAAACGGCAAAUUUCGCACAGAAGGCCAAAGAUGUUUUUAUUCAUUGAAAUAUAAAUCUAAAACCACUACAGUAGUUUCUUUUCUCUAUAUCAUUAUUACAACUUGAAGUAGGUUUUUUCAUUGAACUUUAAUCCAUUAAAUAUUUGUUUCUUUGUUCUCCAGGGUAUAUGUGCUCCAGUGCUUUCUUAGAACUACAUGCAUGGUAGUCACUUUACUCAGUUACAUAAAACCUGGGGAGGGGUCGCUUAUUCGAGGGAGGCCCUUAUUCGAGAGAGACGCUUAUUCAAGUAAAACGGUACUAGUAAUUGUUAAAAGCAGAUCAAGCACAACUUCUGUACCGAAUAGGCAUUUGAACUCUGGUGUUUUAACAAUAAAACGCUCGAUUUUGAAA